AUGAAGAAGAGAUCUCGCGCCUGCGAAGCCUGCCAGGCUCUCAAAGUCAAAUGCGAACCAUCACCUGAAGAGUCAUCAAUCUGUGAACGAUGCUCUCGAUACAGUCUCACUUGUGUGCCUGCUGCGAGAAAGUGGCAGAGAGAUAGGAUUGUUGAGUUGGAGGAACAGGUUAGGAAUCUGCAGGAUAAACUUGAUGGCGCUACCAAUUCGACGCUGGGGUUGUCGACUUAUGCUGCUUCUUCGACGAGGGCUACUUCGGUGUUCUCUGAUGGAGCUUGGCCGCAGACAAGUGCUGGGCCAUCGGAACUGGGCUUUUUGGAUUCUCGUAUAGACUACGAUACUAAGCUUCGAUGUCUGGAGGUCUGCUCAACAAGGGCUGGACAGUUCUGGUACCUUAUACCUCCCGUUGACACCACCUCAGCACGAUCAUGGCUAGACUCCCUCCGGACAGGCGCACCCGUCAAGCUCAUAUCCAUGCUCGCCUUCACGAUACCCCCUUCCUCCGCCGAGAUCGAUCCCCAAACGCAAGAGGACCUACGAAUCAAGACCUUUGAAAUCCUCGGCCAAGCAGCCGUCGGUCUCAAGCGUCCCUCGCUAGAUCUCAUCCAGGCCGCGCUAAUAACCGGUCUCUGGAUCAGACCCUCCCUCGACUGCAACCACGGGAAUCCGAACCAGGCUGUCUCACUGGCACACGAUCUCAGCGUGGAGCUUGGUCUUGGAGGUGCGGAGAUGCAGACUUCUGCGCCGGCGUGGUUCUUCCGCAUCCAGGGGCCACUGACGCUGGAGAUGCAGAAGAUUUGGUUGGCGGGCUGGAUGACUUCUACGAUGAAGGCGCUUGGGCUUAGGAGGGCGCAUGAUUUUGAUUGGGGAACGGCGCAUUAUGAGGCUCUGGGGGCGUUGGAGGCUGAUGGCUCGGAGCCGUUGUUCUUGGAGAUGCUUUAUACGAUUCGACUUCAUGCAAAGGUUGCUAGUUCUCUUGAACUCUGCAAUACCCGCGCCUUUCUCGACGUCAACUCUGAUGUUUUUGCGGCGACGAGGAACCAGGUCUACGAUGAUCUGAACGAGCUGAGUAACAGACCUCUUGCAGGCGAAGUUCAGCUGCGUUUCUGGCGAAUGCUCGUCGUAAUACACGUCAACGAACCAGUUCUUCACACAACCACCAACAAAACCCUAUUCACAUCCCCCUACAUCUCCGAAAGAAUCGGCGUCCACGACUUUGCCCGCGGCCCCAUAACCUCAACAACAGCAACAGCCCUGCACUCAAUAGUAGAGGCCUGCCACCUCGCCAUCUCAAUAGUCCUCGAAAUGGACGCCUCCACAAUCCUAUCCCUUCCCUCCCUCUGCUUCGGCCCAGCGGUGAGCUACACACUCUCCAUCCUCAUCAAAGUCUUCGUGGCAGUGUCUGCACCAGGAAACACAUACAGCCAAAUCCUGACACGCGAAACCCUGCACGUGCGAGAAGCCAUGCAGAAACUCAUAUCAGUCAAAGAGGAGCUGCUAAAGCUCGAUCCGCAUAUGGGCAACUGGAACACGAGGAUCAUAGGAUCUGUGGAAUGGCUGGGCGUUUGGCUGGAUGAUUACGAGAGUAUUAUUGAGCGCUAUGAGGAAAAUCUGCAGAGGGAGGUUGCAGAACAGGAAAUCGAGGGACUCAGCCCCAAUGGACAUUUCUAA